AUGUCAGGUCCCAAUAUUUCUCGCCAGAUUGCUGGCCUCAUCGGGGUGACAGAAGACAUAGUUGAGGCAUAUGACUCGAUCAAAAAUCUCUCUAGUCUACCCGAAGCCUUCCAAGAAGUGAAUAGACGACUUCCUCUGCUUGAACAAACCCUUCGAGAUGCCGAGAGCCCGGCGAAGAAAUUGAAGUCCACCGACGACACCCAGGGACUGGAAACUGUCCUGCAUAGCUGCGACGAGAAAGCCAACAAUAUGCUAGAAAUCUUCGAGAAAAUCGGCAAAAAGUCAAAGGGCCAAUAUGACUCUUCCGUGUACCGAGCAAUUGUUACUAAGCCAGGCAAGCAUCGUGUCGAGACGCUGAUGGCCGGCAUUUUGGAAGAUUUGGGAGUCCUAGUUGCGCACAACAUAUUUUUGGCGGAGAUGAAGAGGCAGGUCGAGCCGUUGGCGAAGGCUCUCGAGGAACUGGCGGAGGUGUCUCCAUCACUGGCCGAUUCCAAUCUGGCCGACCAGCCCGGCGCUGCCAACCAGUACGGCGAUAAUAAUCGCCAGUAUAAUUUGUUCGGUAAUGGCACGCAGAAAAUCGCAACCGGCCACUACUUUGAGGCGAGAGGGAAUCAGAAUUUUGGUACGAUCCCACCUGAGGAUUCUAUGAAGUCCAAUGUGGCAUAA